AUGAGUGAUCAGAAAGUUGAAGACGACGCCACCGGUGGUGGUUACGUUUUGGAGGAGAAUAGUCCCAAUGAUUUCCUUGGUCCCGAGACGGAUUUUAGCGCCUUAUCAACUCAUGUGCAGGACAUUGCUCGUCGUUUAAAUCAGGAAUUUGAGAUAAUAAUGGAGUCUCAUGGGCCGGCAGUUGUGGAGAGUUUGCUGCCCACCAUUGUCAAUGUAUUGGAAAAGCUGGAUGAGCUCUACAAAGACGAGACUGCUUACAAGGCAGAGGUGUUACAGUUGAGGGAGGACAACGCAUCUCUGCUCAGUGAAUUAGAGAGAGAAAGGUGUGCACGAAGGGAAUCUGAAAAUCGCCUGAUGAUUAUGGAAGACCAAUUCGAGGACGAGCGGAAAAUCCUCAAUGAGGCUUUGAUGCACAACGAGACGCAAAUAAGGCAACUGGAGAUGAAGUCAAAAAACACCGAAGAGCAGCGUAAAUUUUCGCGCUGUGUCCUUCUUGCUCCUUACUUUCUAACCUUCCUCCCUUUACGUGAAGACUCCACUGUGACGUCAUGUGUGAUGGUACUGGAUCCAGAGGUUGCGCUUAAGCUUCCAACGUCUGUUUUAGUUGCUCGUCUGGAGCUGAAGGAGUUGGAGUCGUCGAAGGAGAACUCGAAGUUGCACGAGCGCAUAAACGAACUGCUACGCUCCCACGCCGAGUUGAAUGACUCCCUAAAGAAUUCAGCAGUUGUUCCCGUGUCUACGCCGCUGAGGCAAUGUGAGUCAGACGUUUUGGAUGUGCGUUAUAAUGCCGACCAGCAUGUCUGCCAGGUGUUCAUUUUGAAGGCACUAAUGUACCCCUCCAAUCGCCAGCUUGGAAACGCAUUCGAUACCACAAGUGCCGGCCUGGGAUUCGACGAGCUCUCGGCCAUGGAAGCCGACUUUAGUCCACCACCGGAAGACGACCUUCCCGGUAAAGUGACGCCUCCUUCUCCUUUCCCCCCUCCCCCCGCGAAUCCUGACCGUUGUGUUGCGCUCAUGACAACGCUACUUUUCUACCCUUUGGCCAUUAAAAUUGGCAUGUUGUGCUAUUCGCUGCCAGUUGGGUGUUUCAGUGGAUGCCUAGGAUUUUACCGUGCUCUUUGCCUUACAGCUGGUAUGCAAAAGGAGGUCAACAUUCUGAUCCGCGAGAAUAUGGAUCUGGUUGAAACCAAGAACGCCCUAAACGUAGUUAAGGACGACCUUCUUAACCAAAGGGACGUCUUAAAAUCUGAGAACCAGCUGCUGGCCGAGGCGGUGCAACAGUUGUCUGAGAAGCAAACCAAACUGCAGCAGGAACUCGCCAAUUCCGACCAGCUUCUCACCGCCGCCCGCACCGAGCUCGAGGCGCUCAAGGCCUCGGUGACGAAGCUGAAGGCCGAGGCAAGUUUCCUGUCUCCCCUGCACUCCAUGCUACUUUGUGGUGUACGCGGUGACAAAUCCUCGUCGAGCAAGCGCUUCACCAAAGCCGAGAUGGCUCGCCUCAUCUGCGAUCGCAAUUACUACAAGGAGCGGUUCCUUGAGCUGCAGGACGCCAUAAAGCUGACUGAGACCCUGAGGGCGAGUCAGCGAGGUCAUCCAGAGCUGUUGAAGGACCUCCCGUCGACGGUUACCGAUGUUCAGUUGCAUCCUCAUCAGCAGCAGCAGCAUCAUGGUGAGGGCGUUUUACGCGCGUUGCCCCCGCGGAGUCGACUUAAUUUGAUUACCUUUGCCAGGGUGAACUUGAUAUCUCUGCCGCGUCUCGACUUUGGUUUCGACGCUGUGAAUCUCUACGAUUUGCAAACCGAUCCCGAUCAGCCACACCUUCGCCACACCGAGGAGGCAGAAGUUGCGAGCGGUGACAAGGCAGUUGUUGCGAACACCGCAGGCCCCGCUGUCCCCUUCAACUCCCAAAAGUGGAUCAAACUCUACCAGGCUGGCGCUGCGGCGCCCGUCUUCGGCUGGGUCCGCGGUUUCGGCCGAGUGAAACCGGAGUCGAACUCGCUGGCCGCUGCCCCGAAAAAUCCCACCUUAUUGUUCAGCCCGCGCGCCUACCCGGUGCCCAAGAAGUGCCGCAGCAUCGGUGGACCGAGCCUGCGCAUCGAGUUGACCGCCGCUAUCUCCGUGCCAUCGCCUGUCGAAGACAGUUGCACGCAACAUCUCUGGUUAAUCGGUCGAGGCUCCUCAAUGCUCUCUGGCUCAACGAAGACCUCGAAGAACGUGGGCAAGAUCUACAUCUUCGAUCCGCUUCAAUUGACCGAGGUUCUGGUGGGUCAAGAUCUGCCCGACGACUUCCUGCCGAUUUCCGCAGCCGUCUUUUCCGUAGGCGGUGAGGAGUUGCCCUUGUUGUGCCCUGUGUAUCUGUUCUGGAGAGCCAGUAAUUUACGUUUGCGUGGCUUUGUUGACCACUCAUGUCUGCUUGUCAUUUGGACAGGUCACGGCAGCUCUUCGCCGGUCGCAAAAAGUGGUCGGUUUAUUGUCCGAGACUUUAGGACACUUCAGACGGACAAGCGAUCUGAGCCCGUUAACACCUUCCGCGUUCUCGUGGCUUCCUCGGACGGCCGGUUUUUAGUGUGCGCCUCCACACGCAAUCCGGACGCCGUCUCGCAGUCCGACGUCUGCAAACUAGUCUUAUUGGCCACCCUCAGGCUGGCCAAUCCUGGUGAAUCUGCCACGUCUGUGGUGUGUCUGGAUUACCGCGUUUGUCUGGGCGUGCUGAAUUCCUCGGGGCUGAACCAGCUGGUCACACUCAAGUGGCUGUUGGAUUCGAGCGGGACACCGAAGAACGACAUUGAGUUGAACCAAUUCCUGCGCGUCUCCGCCAUGAGUCUGCCCGGCGGUGCACCAAGCGGCCCGAUGAUCCUCUCCACCAUCUACGAUCGCGCCUUCUUCUGGCUUGGAACCGUUGGUGGUGGCGCCGUCCACUGCUUCGACCUCAACAAAAGCGCCUUUGUCACCGAACUAGCUCUUCCCUCACAAACGCCCUGUCUGCACGCCGUUGCCGUUGGUCACAGGGCCUCGCCGGACGCGGACUCACGACUCAUUUGGUUGGCAGUCUCAGGUCUCAGUUCCCAGGCAUCGACGCAACAGCGGACCUCUGAUUCCUCGUCGGAGACGGUGUCCAUUGGACCGCUGUCGCGUCUUCUCUCCAUCUGUUCCAAGAAGCACCUUUUCCUGCACAACAUUGACUUGACCAGCGUCCUCACCUCCAUGAUCGACAUGACGGACGUGGUGGAUCCCGUGGAUUUGACCGUUUCCCGGCUACUUGUGCAAGGCGACGAGUGCAUCUGGUUCUCCACGCGUUGCGGCCUCAUUGGACGGUUCUUCAACGCCUCCCUUCCAGCAGAUGCUGCGCAUGGUUCCCCAACAGAAGUGCUUAACCAAGACGCAAUAUCGCUUAGUUGUCAUGCCUACAGGCGCCCAGUUUCUGCCCUCAUCACUAUUCGAAAUCGCGUAGAGGCUCCCAGUGCUGAUAGCCAGGACACGAAGGCAACCGCCUCACCGUCAUCAAACCAGGCGUCGUUCUUGGUGGUUGCCGUUGGACACGACUACACCUAUCUACGAACUUCUACCCCGGCAACGCGUGCCCCGCCAGCAACCUCCGCCAUCGUUUCUGCAGUGAACCAGUGUGUUCGGCGUUCCUUCACAGGCGCGCAUGCAAUCGUGUGGAGCGUAGCAGUAACUUUGGCAAUGUCAGAAAGUGUGACUUUGCCUGAUGGUCGUCCAGUGGAUUCUCUGAAAGUUGCUGAACUUAAAAAGGAGUUGGACGCUCUCGGUUUAGAUAAAAGCGGACUCAAGAAAGACCUUGCACAACGUCUAACGGAAACUUCACCAUCGCCCAAGAAAAAACCAGUCGAAAUAACUGAGACAGCUCCCGACGCGGUUUCACCCAAACACUCGGUAGACCUAGGAGAAAUCCCCUCGUCAGAGACUGUUGUUUCUGAGGCGGCGGAGAAUCAGGUAGGCUUCGCUUUCUCUCCGGAAACCAGCCCCACAACUGAGCCUCAGCCGGUCCAAGGUGGCCACUCGCCCAGUUGCGUUGACGUGAACAAUCUCGUCCCGACGACUGAGGACACUCAGGCCAGUCCCCCUGCUUCCGCGUCGAGGGCUAAGCCUUCGCAGAAGUCUUCAGCCCGCAAAGCUCUUCCACUCGCCACCGCCGAGGCCUCUGAUGAAUUUCACGAGGAGGAGGAGGACUACGGCGAGGUGGAGGAUGACGAGGCGUCCAGCAACACGGCCACCUCCCAGCCAAAGGCCGACACACCCGCAUCCGCAGCUGUUAACGGCGAUGCCUCAAGACCAUCUCCUCCGCCCCCGCCCCCUGCUAAGAAAGAAACCCGCGGCGUCGGAUUCAUCGUAGAGGGACCGGAGCGCGUGAGUGCAGCUGCCGCCGCCAAGUGCCCGCCCUCCCAGAUGGUCUACAUUCGCUGCCUCGUGCGACCCUUCACCGCCGGUCAGCUCUCCGCCAUGCUGGAGGCCCACUUCGGCAAGCCCGAGGAGCUGUGGCUGGACAAAAUCAAGUCUAGCGCCAUUGUCCGCCUGGCCGACGAGACUGUGGCUGCCCGAUGCCGAGAGGGUCUGGACGGGUGUCGUUGGCCCUCGAUUAACCCCAAAAUACUCCACUGCGAGUUCGCCUCGCAGGAGCUCUUCACUUGGCUCAAACAGCACGGUGAAUCGGGCGAUCGUCCUCCGCCCAAGUACCUCCUCGGUGGCACCGCCGACGACACCGGACAGGCUGGUGACAGAAAACGUCCACUUGCGAGCGGAAAUUCAAAGUCUGCGGGCCAAUUAGAGAACGAGAGAAAGCGACGUCGCGUGGCCGACGGCGAUCCAACCACCGAGCACCGCGGAAAAGAAGAGGAUAAUUCGAAGUCGUUGGACGACCUCUUCAAGAAAACGGACACCGCCCCUAGCAUUUACUGGUUGCCUCUGACGGAUGAGGGGGCUGCUGCGCAGUUGAAGGCCCGGACAGAGAGCUAUCUCUCGGAGAACGCCCGCCGACCCGUGCCUAGACGAAACGUGGAUGAGAGGCGACGGGAGACACGCAGUCCCUUCACAGGCGAGCUCAGCAACGGCUCCUCCGGCCUGCUUGCCAGGAAGCCGACAACCGACGACGCCAUUGGUCGUGACCGGAGGGCAAAAGAGCGGUCCCCGUCGAUUGGAUCGAAGCGUGCCCGCGACCGGCGUCGUUCCCCGCCACCACGAUCGCCGCCGUCGUUGUCGCGCAGACCGCGCUACGCGUCCAGGACACCCUCGCCUAGGUUUGCGGCGCCGCUCGCCUCGCGGCGUCCACCUUCGCCGCCGCCUCGCGGCAGGCGACGCUCGGCUCCCCGCCUCAGUCAUUCGCCGAGAAGGCGAUAA